AUUACAACAGAUUUACAAAAAAAAAUGUGAACAAGUUGUCAGUUGCAAGACUUUUUGGAGAGUUUUGUUGCAAGAAGCCUGGAUUUCUCUGGUGAAGGACAAGCCCUAUCAACAAGAUGAAACUCCCAGCCAUCUCCAUUGCCUCCACACCAGUGUGUAUUCCUCAUAACACACCACCUGCCCGGCAGACCCGCUCUCUGGUGGUUACUCCCAUGACAUUGCCUAUCAUCUCAGACUCUGCCCAGCUGUGGACCGGCAGUCAGGCAAUUCCGAGGCUGAAUCCUUUACAUCCACCUUUGGUCCAUAAACGCAUCGUCAGUCUGGAAACACCAGCUGUUCACCACCACAACCACCAAAGGACAUUGAUCAUGCAGAGGAGAGAACAUUACAGGUAUCAUCAGGGAUGGCGAAAACCCUUUUAUGGAACAAACAACGAGAGAGAAGAGUACAGGAAGGAGUUGCGUGAGCACUUGAAGAGGCAGAUAGAGGAGAAAUGUGUGGCGUUGAAGCUGCAGCUGGCCAGCAGAACAAAAGAAGCAGAGUAUCUUUGUGAAGUGGACCGCCUUGCUAUAACUGGUGAAAAAGAGCAAAGGAUGCAGCACAGACAAGCAAUGACAGCAUACAGAGACGAGAACAAGAGGCUAAUGGAGCAGGGCUGGCGGGACAGAGCACUAACACGUUCCCAGGAGGCUCUGAAAGAGAGAGAGCUGCUGUGCCUUAACCCCAUUAACUGGAGUGGAACACUGAAAUAGGCUGGAGCUCAACAUCCACAUCCAAAACAUCACUCAGGCCUGGCUCGUGUAAACUUGGACAUGCUUUCAAAAUGAAAAUGGGACACAACAUGCAUAGCAAUAGGCCAAUUAAUCGAUGCAGACAGGAUGUUUACAACUGUCAGUAUCGGUGGAACUUGAUUCAGAUCGUGGCCAUGGGGUAUUUUAUUAGAUUUCUCAAGAAGAGUCACUCACUUUGAGGGAAAGUGUCUCCAAAUUAAAAAUGGCUUCCACCUUCAGUACUGUGCAAAAGUCCUCGGCUAACAUUAGGUUUGUCGGUUUAGUAAAAUUAUGAUGACCGCACAUAUGCAUUUCUCAGUCUCUGUAUUAAGAUCCAAUUUGGAUAUAUAUGAAGUCUGUACAACAGUAAAAACAAACAUUUCAGUGAAAAAACAGCCUCUAUAAACCCAGGUGGUAGCAUUUAGUGUGGCCUUGCUUUGGACUUAAUAUGCUUUUAAAGCUUAUGCACAGACAAUAUGUGAUGUAUUGAAUUAAUUUUCUGAUGUUUUAUACCAGGUCUCAUUCAACACAUUUAUUUCUACUUGUUUGUGCUGUUUCUUGUCAUGGGUCAUAUUAAAUAGUCACUUUAACCUUUAAAACAAAUAGAGUUCGGUGUUUGUGUUUUUUUUAAAGCUGUGCAUAUUCCCUGUAUUUUCUCGUUAUAUCUGAAGAAAAGGGAAUGAGAAGUGGUAUAUGUGCUCAUUUCAACCCUGCAAAAACAACAAAGCUUGAGGUGGCCGAAGAUUUUAGCACAAAACUGUACAUUUUGCAAUUUUUUGUUGAAUCUUCAGUUAUGCAGGUCUAUUUAGAUUUGUAAUCUUUUUCUGACACAUUAUAUUGGCCUUUAAAAUUAUCCAUCUGUUCAUUUACAAUGCCUAUCAGCUGUAACUAGUACUUUCCGAAAUCAAUAACGCCCAGUCUUUUUUCCAAUGUUAUUAACAUUAAACUCAGGGUCAGCUGUUUUUCCUUGACCUCCAGUAAUGUAAGUAGCAAAUGUAUACUGUGGGGUUAUUUUUUUGUUUCUGUAAAGAGUAAAGGAAAUAAAUUAAGCAAAAAUUGGUA